UUUAAAAUAGUACAUUUGUCUCCUUCGAAAUUAGAAUAAAUUUUAUAGUGUUGAUUAAGUUAAUUUAUUCCGCGUCAAAAAUGCCAGGACAUCGCUGUAUUGCCCCCGGUUGUAAUUCCGGUUAUGAUUCUUGUAAAGAAAAAUAUCAUUUUUUCACAGUUCCUAAGGAUGAUAUUAAACUACGAGAAUGGACAAAAGCAAUUCCGAGGAAAGACUUUUUAAUAAAACCUCGCCAGGUGGUUUGUGAACGGCAUUUCCACGAAGAAGAAAUUUUAAGGAAACGAAUAAUGACUGACAAAAAUGGGGCAAUUUUAGCUGAGGCUGUAUAUAAAAUUCCGAAAUUAAAAGAAGGAGCUAUACCGUCAAUAUUUCCAAACUGUCCAAAAUACCUAUCCAACUCUGUAAAACGAAGAAAAUUACCUAAAUUAGUUAGAAAUAGCUCACCUAAAAAAAUGAAAACUGACAAAAAAAAAGACCCAAAAAUGGAUUGUCCAUUCAAUUCUAAACCAUCUAUAGAAAUUUCUAUUACUGAUUCUAUUAAUGAUUCAGUAAGGAUUUUCUCAUUCUCUAAACUUCAAGAAAAUAUAAAUAGCAUUGUUUUUCCAAAUGGAUGGAGCAGGCAUGACAUUCCUGGAAAGUUGAUAAUGUUUUCUUUUUUUAUUGUUAUAACAGAAGAAACAGCAAAUACAGAAAAUUAUAUUCCGACUCCUAUUUUAUAUAAAAGAGUAUGCUUAGGAAUAAAUUUAAAUGUUCAAUGUUUUGUUAUGAAUAUAUCAGUUAAUAAUGACCUUUUUGGAUUAAAUAGAAAUAUAUGUUCAUGCCGGUGA